AUGCCUUUGUACUUGUAUGGACGUUAUCCAAGUUCUAAUUUUGUCUUAUCUCUUUUUUUUAGUGCUUUUGAAAUAUUUAAAGUUAUUCAUUCAGUUGUGGAUUGUGAAGAAGCCAUUGUUAUGGCUGCCUGUGAUGUAGUUAAAGAGUUCUCAGCUGAUAAUGUUCAAUACUUAGAAUUAAGAACAACUCCUCGGGCUAACACCGAUUCAGGAAUGACGAAAAGGUCUUAUGUUGAUGCUGUUGUAAGAGGUAUACAGUUGGCCCUUCCAAGUUGUACAAAUGACAUUCAAGUAAGAUUAUUAUUGUCUAUUGAUCGUCGUCAGAAUAUUACUGAAGCAUACGAUACCAUUAAAUUAGCAAUGGAGCAUCGUAAUACUGGUGGUGCUGGUCAAGCAAGUGUUGUUGGAAUUGAUUUAAGUGGGGACCCAAUGGUAUGA